GAUGCAAUUGACAGAAUACUGGAAAAUACUAUCCUUUGUUUUAGCCAUCAGAAUAUCAACUGGGAUUCCCAUAUCUUACCCAACCUCAUCCUAGGCUACAAUAUCUAUGAAAAUUAUUUCGAUUCAGGAAAGACUUCGGAUGCUUUGCUGGACCUGCUCUCAGAUGGGGAGGCCAAUGUCCCCAACUACAGUUGUGGGAGGCAGAGAAACACAGUGGCUGUUCUUGAAGGGGCUGAAACCAGUGUCUCCAUCCAGAUAUCAUCCAUAUUGGGCACCUACAAAAUCCCACAGCUUCAUCCCUUCCUUGGAAACUCUGAGUUUUAUAAUAGAUCCAUAGCUGGAGUCUCUCUGGAUGAGAAGGGAUAUCUGACAGCAGAUCUGGACAUUGCUGACUGGCUGUUUCUCAACAGGUCAAUUUACAGAAUGAUGUUUGGCAGCCUAGAAAAACAGGGAUCCCUGGAUUUCAACUUUAUGGUUAAUCAAAAGAGUUUGGAAGAGAUGCAGAAGCUGAACAAGCUACACAAGUGUGGAUUGCCCCAAAUGCCUCCCCCCUCCAUUCCCUUUGAUGGCAGGAACCCAGAAAGAUGCCACAUCAAUGAUGGAAAGCCUAACAACACAGAAGAAUACAACAAAUGUCCAGAAAAUCAACAUCCAAACAAAAACCAAACUCGCUGUAUCCCCAAGAUUAGGUCUUUCCUAUCUUAUCAAGAACAAUUGGGCAUUGCCUUGACUUCCAUUGCUCUGUUCCUCUCUUUGAUCACAUGCUUUAUCUUGGGAACCUUCAUUAAGUUCCAAGAAACUCCCAUAGUCAAAGCCAACAAUCGGGACCUCUCUUAUAUCCUUCUGGUUUGUCUCCUGCUUUCCUUCUUCACCUCCUUCUUGUUCAUUGGUCAGCCAAGGAGACUCACCUGCCUUCUUCGACAAACAGCCUUCAGCAUCAUCUUCUCUGUUGCCAUUUCUUCUGUCUUGGCCAAAACCAUCACAGUGGUGCUGGCCUUCUGGGCCACAAAACCAGGGAAUAAUGUUCAGAGAUGGCUGGGAAAGGGUUUUACCAACUCCAUUAUCCUUUCAUGCUCUGGUCUCCAAGUUGUCUUUUGCAGCAUCUGGCUGGCUGCUUUCCCCCCUUUACCUGAGACAGAUAUGCAUUCACAAUUUGCAAAAAUCAUUCUACAGUGCAGUGAAGGCUCUGUCGCCAUGUUUUAUGGGGCCCUUGGCUACAUGGGCUUCCUGGCUGCCGUCUGCUUCACAGUGGCUUUCCUGGCCAGGAAUCUGCCUGGGUCUUUCAACGAAGCCAAGCUGAUCACUUUCAGCAUGCUGGUCUUCUGCAGUGUCUGGGUGUUCUUCCUGCCCACCUAUCUGAGCACCAAAGGGAAAUACAUGGUGGCUGUGCAGGUCUUCUCCAUCUUGAUCUCCAAUGCUGGGUUGCUGGGGUGCAUCUUCAUCCCCAAGUGCUACAUUAUCAUUCUGAGACCAGACCUGAAUACAAAAGAACAUGUGAUGACCCUCCAUGCCAGCACUGAUGGCUCUUCUGCCAACAGGUUUGCAAAAGAGGAAGAACCCCAUAAGCUUGAAAGUCUUGUGCCCUAUCAAAGUGCAUUAUCAGAGAUCAACCAGGAUUCCCAUCACUUACCCAACAUCACCCUGGGCUACAAUGUCUAUGAAAAUUAUUUCAAUGCAGAAAAGACUUCAGAUGCUUUGCUGGACCUGCUUUCAGACGGGGAGGCCAAUGUCCCCAACUACAGUUGUGGGAGGCAGAGAAACACAGUGGCUGUUCUUGAAGGUACUGAAACAGGCUUCUCCAUCCAGAUAUCAUCCAUGUUGGGCACCUACAAAAUCCCACAGGAUAAGGAGGAAUGA